AUGUUUAAUGGGAAGUUGGAUAUUGGGGACUCUGAAUUGAAUGUAUCUUUCAGAUCUGAGUCAGAUCUGGGGGAUUUUAGGGUUAAUUUUGCUGUUAUGCUAUGUGUGGAGGGGCUGGGGUUACAGGGAUGUGAUUUUGAGUUGUUGGCUGGUCUGUUUGGUUCUGUUCAAGAAAUAUUGGCUGGGAUUAUGCAGAUUUGUAGUUGUAGGUCUGGUUCAGGGGUUGGUAGGGGUAGUGGUUGUAUUGUGAAGUUUCCGCAGUUAGAGGUGAAUGCUAAUGCGUUUGAUCUGGGCAAUAAUGCUAAUUUGAUGCUUAUGGAUAAAAGGAAGAAAAGGUCUGUUAGAAGUGAGGGAAUGCAGGUGAAGGCUAGUAAAGUCCUUUGGGGUGCAGAAAAUUUUAUUAAAGUGCCUAUGAAGGGAGAUGGAGAGUUCUGUAAUGAGGUGUUGCCUGAUGGGGCUGCUGUUGGUGAGAUGGUUGUUGAGCUGGGUAAGGAGAGUGUUAGUGGAGGUGAAAAGAAGGUUGUCAAGAGAAGCAAGAAGAGUUCCGAUAUUGCCAUUCAAGGGCAGCAGUUUACUACUUCUGUUCUUAAGCUGGAAUUUAAUCCAGGUUCUAGUGAUGGGAGUGUUAGAGAUGUUAUGCCUCUGUUUUCUGAGAAUAAGGUGAGCAAUUUAGGGGAGGAAAUGUCUGGCAAAGGGAAGCCGGCUAAUAAUCAAAACCCUAGUCUUGGCAAGGGUUUGUUUGAGGGGAGGCCGAUAAAUAUAGAGGGCAAUCGGGUGUUGCCUAGAAGAGGUGUUGGACAGCAGGCAUCUUCUGGUCAGAAACAGAUUAACAUAAUCGAUGAACUAGAAAAAAUUACUGAGCCAGUCGUUCCUGAGAAAUAUGAUGUGGAAGCAGGUAAUUCGGGUAGUGGCAAUGGCAUGAAAGGGCAGACUUAUGCGGAGAAGCUGGCAACGGUCAAACCAGUUCAAAAGAUUAACUUCAGAUUCCUGGAAAAUAACAAAGCCGAUGAGGAUGUUGACGCUGAUGUUACGAUCCCAAUCGCCUCGGUUAAACAGGUUCAAGAUCGUUUUACUAAUGUGCUUUUUGGUUAUUUUCUUGGGAAAAGACUAGCGUUCCCGGUUGUGGAAUAUUUUGUUAGCCAAAGAUGGGGGAAAUAUGGUAUGCAAAAGUGUAUGAUGAAUGGAAAAGGCUUUUUCUUUUUUAAAUUCAAGUCUAAGGAUGGUAUGGAGCAAGUUUUGCAAGAUGGUCCAUGGCUUAUCAGGAAUAUCCCGCUAUUUUUGAAACAAUGGUCUCCGAAUACGGAAUUGAAGAAAGAAGAGCUAAAAAAAGUUCCAGUUUGGGUUAAAAUGCAUGAUGUUCCGUUGGCGGCUUAUACUGAGGAUGGUCUUAGUCUGAUUGCUUCGAAGGUGGGAACUCCUAAAAUGCUGGAUAAUGAGACAACUAAAAUGUGUUUAGACUCGUGGGGCAGAAGUGGAUACGCUAGAGCGAUAGUUGAACUGGAUGCGGAUAAGGAUUUGAUAGAAAACGUUACGGUAGCAAUUCCAAAUGUAGAAGAGGGUGGGUACCUCAAGAGUAGCAUCCAUUUGGAGUAUGAAUGGAAACCACCACAGUGUAAAACUUGCAAGGUGUUUGGCCAUGGAAUGCAUGAAUGUCCUUUACAACCUGCCGAUGAAAAGGGUCCGAAUACUAAAGAUAAGGUGGAUGAUCAGGGAUUUAAAAGUGGUAACAACAGGAAGAAAAAUAAGAACCAGCUGUUUAAUGUGAAGGAAAAACAACGAGUUAUCUACCGACCAAAAAACAUGAACUCAGCAAACUCGGGGGUACCUAAAGACACGAAUGCUUCAAAACCGAGUUCAUCAGAAGGUAUGAUUGGUUCUAAGGGUCCGAGUAUUCGAACUUCUAACACUUUUGAUGCGUUAAAUGAUGAAUACGGAUCUGAGAUGGAUGAGGUGAGACUAGACCCGAAUGUGGGGGGUUAUAAUUUUAUGAAUGAUACUCAACCAAAGAACUCGAGUUCCACAGGUGCAAGCACACCUGCUCAAGAGGUGGAGAAUCUUGAUGGGGUGUGUAAGAAGGUGUUUUGGAAUUGGGAAUGGACAUCAAAUGGUAGAUUGUGUAACAAAGGUACGCGAAUUAUUCUAGGAUGGAAUGUGGAUAAUGUUGACGUAUUGGUGGUGCACGCUACAAACCAAGUCAUUCAUGUUCAAGUCCAUCUUAAAAGUGAUAAAACUAUGAUAAAUGUGUCUUUUGUUUACGCUAGUAACAGUGAUCAGGAGAGGAAACAGCUUUGGGAUUCGUUGAGAAUGCACAAGAGAGUAGUUCAGUCUAGUCCGUGGAUCAUCAUGGGGGACUUUAACGUGGCCCUUAAUCUGGAUGACAAGUGCAUGGGAUCGUCGGAUGUAAAUGCAGCUAUGAGAGAGUUCAAUGAAUGUGUGAAUUACGUUGAGGUGUUUGACGUUAGAGCUCAUGGGAUGCAUUACACGUGGAAUCAACGGCCAAAAAAAGGUAUUGGAAUUCGAAAGAAGUUGGACCGAAUCAUGGCAAAUGUGAGUUUUAUUGAUAAGUUUGUGGAUGCAUAUGCCAUGUUCCUUCCGAAUGGUAUUUCGGAUCAUUGUCCGGGGUUGUUGAAAAUUCAAAUGGCCAAACAGAAUAAGCCAAAGCCGUUUAAGUUUACUAAUCUCUUGACGCAUAAAAGCGAGUUUUUGGAUGUGGUAGCCAGUGGCUGGAAUAUGGAGGUUCUUGGGGUUCCAAUGUUUCGUGUUGUCAAGAAAUUAAAAGGGCUCAAACAUCCGUUACGGGUUUUACUGAGGAAACAAGGUAAUUUGCACAAAAAAGUAGCUGAUUUAAAGUCAGAAUUGGACAAUUUGCAGGGUAGGUUGGAUGCGGAUCCAUUCAAUAUGGAUCUUAAAGAAGCUGAAUCAGUGUGUGCAAAGAAAUACAAGGAGGCUACGAUAGAUGAGGAGAGAUUUUUGAAACAAAAAGCUAAGCAAAAGUGGCUUGAAGCUGGGGACUCUAAUACCGCUUUUUUCCAUAACGUAGUGAAAUGUCGCAACCAUAUCAAUAAAAUUAACUUCAUAAAAGAUACGGCUGGAAAUACUUAUGAUGGGGACGAGGUUUCUAUGGCAUUGGUUAAUCAUUUCCGAGAUUUUUUGGGCGCUGAAGGGGGUAUGGCUACCCGAGUUAAUCAGGAUUGCUUCUCGGUCACUUUGAAUCCUAUCGUGGCAGAAUCCAUGUGUAGACCAAUUGUUCCAGAAGAAGUGAAAGCUGCUAUUUUUUCUAUCAACGAGAACAAGGCUCCGGGCCCCGAUGGAUUUACGUCGGAAUUCUUUAGAAAAUCUUGGUCGAUUGUUGGAGGUGAUGUAACGGCUGCUAUCAUUGAUUUCUUUCAAUAUGGUAGGUUGCUUCAGGAGAUCAAUCACACGUUUUUAGCUCUUAUUCCAAAAGUCUCUACUCCCGGAAUAGUUACUGACUAUAGACCUAUUUCGUGCUGCAAUGUGAUUUAUAAAGGAAUUAGCAAGAUUAUUACGAAUAGGAUUCUUGAAGGCUUAAAGGAUCAUAUAAGUGAAAAUCAGUCAGCUUUUGUUCCAGGUAGGAGGAUUUCAGACAACAUAAUGUUGACCCAAGAGCUUAUGUAUAAUUAUCAUCGGCAAAGGGGUCCCCCGAGAUGUGCCAUGAAAGUUGAUAUUCAGAAAGCGUAUGACACUGUGGAUUGGCGAUUUUUACGAGAUGUUUUGCAUGGGUUUGGUUUUCGGCCAAGGUUUAUAACGUGGAUUAUGGAGUGUAUUACUUCAACGUCUUUCUCCGUGAGUGUAAACGGUAAUAUUUAUGGAUACUUCAAAGGCAAACGAGGCUUACGACAAGGAGAUCCUAUGUCUCCGUACCUGUUUACAAUGGUUAUGGAAGUCCUAACGAUGAUAUUAAACAAAAAUGCUCAGCUUGACCCGUCGUUUCGGUUCCACAACAAAUGUGAGAAACAAAUGAUAAUUAACAUGUGUUUUGCAGAUGAUCUCAUUUUAUUUGCUAGAGGGGAUGUCGGCUCGGUAAAGCUUAUUAUGAGUUCCUUGAAGCAGUUUGAAGAAUGCUCGGGUCUUGUGCCUAGUAAUGCGAAAAGUACUAUAUUUUUUUGCAAUGUGCCAGAUUCGACCAAGACUAGAAUAGCUGAAGUGGUUCUUUUUGAGGAGGGGAAACUUCCUAUUAAAUACUUGGGUGUGCCUUUGAUUGCUUCACGUUUGUUACGUAAGGAUUGCAAAGUAUUAGUGGAGCGUGUGGAGAAACGAAUCAAUGACUGGAAAAACCGGUUUCUUUCGUUUGCUGGUAAGCUUCAACUGGUGGUUGCUGUGCUUUCUUCGAUACAUGUAUAUUGGGCGUCGGUCUUUAUUCUGCCAGUCAGUAUUAUAAAACAGUUGGAGAACAAAAUGAAAGAGUUUUUAUGGGGUAAUGGUUCGGGUUCAAAGGGUAGAGCUAAAGUGGCAUGGAAGGAGGUGUGUCUUCCAAAGAUGGAAGGUGGGUUGGGCAUAAGGCGGAUAUCGGAUGUCAAUAAAUCUCUGAUGGCGUAUCAUAUUUACAGCAUUCUUUCGGGUAGGAAGUCGUUGUGGACUACCUGGAUAGAGUUGUAUAGGCUGCGCGGCCGGAGUAUAUGGGACAUACCGGUUCAAGUUAAUUCUCCUUGGGGCUGGAAACGUCUUAUGAAAUGUAAAGAUAUUUUUCGUGAGCAUUUAUGGACGAAGAUUGGUAAUGGUCUUAGCACAUCGCUUUGGUUUGAUAAAUGGACGUCCGAGUGCCCGUUGCAAUAUAUAGUGACUCCUCGUCAGAUGGCUCGAUAUGGUUUUAAUAUCAAAUCUAAAGUGGCUGAGGCGAUUAGUGACGGCCAAUGGCUUUGGCCGGAAGCUUGGAGAAGCGUGUACCCGAUCCUAUUUCAGCUCCAACCUCUCAACUUGACGGAUACAAAGGAUAGAGUUUUAUGGAUGAAUUCGGAUAACAAGCUGGUUCCGUUCUCAUCUAGGGAGGUUUGGGAUUCUAUUCGAUGGCGUGAUCAGCAAACAUCAUGGGCGAAGGUUGUUUGGUCCGCUUUCAAUAUUCCAAAACAUGCGUUCCUUUGCUGGCUUAUUUACAAGAAGAAGCUAUGGACACAAGACCGGAUUCUACGUUGGAACCAUACGGUCACAGGUUCGAUGAAUCUCAUGUGUUGUUUAUUAUGUUAUUCAGGGUUAGAGAACCAUGAGCACCUUUUCUUUGAGUGCCCUUACUCGAAGACAGUAUGGAGUAAAGUGAGGAAAAAAACCCGAAUGGAUACGGUUCGAGAAACAUGGGAUGACAUCACUUCGAAGCUUGUAGCUGCGGCAAACUCGAGAUCGGUUUAUGCUGUGGCUAGUAGAUUAGUGGUGGCAGCUUCAGCCUAUGCUAUUUGGAGGGAAAGAAACUCGAAACUCUUCAAAAACAAGCUGAGACCCCCGGAGCAACUUGCUGAUGAUAUUAUCGACACUGUCAGAUUAAAGUUAACUUCUUUCAAGUACAAGCGGAAUGUGAAUGUCAAGCGGUUCUUGGAAGAAUGGAUGAUGGAUAAGGAAGACUUCUUGGAUGAAGAGUGA